AUGGCUGUCAUUCAUAGUUCCUUGUCUGCAGAGGGUGUAUUCCCGAGCUUGGCUUUGGCUCUAUUCAUUGUGGGCUUAGCGUUGGUCAGUACUUUCUGUCUGAGUAUCGUAUCUCUCGAAAAGCAAGCUAAUAUCCUAUCUACCGGGAUAAAGACAAUCCUUUAUCCCAUCAGCAUCCUCACUUACAAUGUCUACUUCCACCCUUUGGCCAAAUACCCCGGCCCAAAGCUCAUGGCAGCUACUCGCGUGCCCUACAUGCGAAUGAUAAUCAGUGGCCGAUUCGCCCAAAGAACGAAAACCCUACACGAGAAAUACGGCAAUAUAGUUCGUAUCGCCCCUAAUGAACUCUCAUUCACCGACGCCGAUGCCUGGAAAAUUAUCUACGGUACUCGUACCGGUCACGGUCAAAAGCAGAAAGACCUUCGAUUCUACCCUCCCACCCCCGGCGGCGCCCCCAGUAUCAUAUACUCUGAUGAUGCAGACCAUUCUCGGUUCCGCCGUUUAUUGUCUCAUGCCUUCUCUGAUAGUUCAUUGCGCGGGCAAGAACCUAUUAUCAAAAGCUACGUUGAUCUCCUCAUGCAACGUCUAAACGAGAAUAUCGCUACCGGAAAGAACGUGCUCGAUAUGGUGUCGUGGUAUAAUUUCACUACAUUCGAUAUCAUCGGCGACCUAGCCUUCGGCGAACCAUUCGAUUGUUUGAAAAACUCCACUUACCAUCAAUGGGUGCACAUCUUAUUCAGUCAUAUGAAGAUGAGUGCCUAUGCAAAUGUAGCUCGGCGUUUACCCGGAUCAGGUCGGUUAUUGAAACUAAUUACACCCAAGCGGGUCACUACCCAGCGAGACUGGCAUUUUGAAAUGACGAAAGAGAAAGUCCAGGCUCGACUGGGCAAGUCAAAUGAAAGACCCGAUUUCUUCGGGAAUAUCUUGAAACAUAAUCAUACUGAGAAGGGGUUUAGUUUUCCCGAGAUGGUUUCGAAUGGGAGUACGCUUAUCAUUGCGGGUUCGGAGACGACGGCUACGUUACUUUCUGGUGUGACUUAUUUGUUGCUGAGGAAUCCGCGUGUGCUGGCGAAGCUUCAGGAUGAGAUUCGAUCUGCGUUUGAGAAGGAGGUGGAGAUUAAUUUGGACUCGUGCAAUAAGUUGGAGUAUUGUCUUGCGACUCUGACUGAAGCGCUGCGAAUGUACCCUCCUGUUUCGCCGGGAUUGCCUCGGAUUGUUGAUGCACAGGGUGACUUGAUUGCUGGAAAUUGGAUUCCAGGAGGUACCAUCGUUUCCGUCUGUCACUUGGCCGCCAGCUCUUCCCCCUCCAAUUUCACCGACGCGGAGCAAUUCGUGCCUGAGCGCCAUCUCAAUGACCUCCGCUAUAAGAAUGAUAACAGGCAUGCGAUGCAGCCAUUUAGCUUUGGGCCUAGGAACUGCAUUGGACGAAAUCUGGCCUAUGUUGAGAUGCGCAUUAUUCUCGCUCGCAUGAUAUUUAACUUUGAUAUGGAGUUGGCUGAGCCUGAGAAAGAUUGGCUGGAUCAGGAUGCGUUUGUGCUUUGGGAUAAACCGGCUUUGAAUGUCAAGUUGACGCCUCGAACUAAGCAGGGAUGA